CCGAAACAAAUAUGUCGAUAUAUAUCAGAUCAUAUGAGUGCAGAAUGUAUCCAAUUAAAUGGCACUUGGCUGGAUUCUAAUGAUUCACGCUUCAGUGGUGAAUACAGUGAACUACUUCCAGAUUGGUUUUGGAAUAAUAUCACCAACAUCACUAAUGCAUCGCAGUCAGAGGAUUUGCUUGAAGUGGAUGAAUACACAUUACCUUUUGAGCUUUGGCAAACAGUCUUAAUAGCUCUGUGUCUUGCUGCUUGCAUAGUUUUAACCAUCGGUGGGAACAUCCUCGUACUGCUGGCCUUUAUUGUCGAUCGAUCCAUAAGACAGCCGAGCAAUUACUUUAUAGCAUCAUUAGCCGCCACUGACAUGCUUAUCGGUACGGUAUCCAUGCCAUUCUACACAGUAUAUGUGCUGAUGGGCUCCUGGGAUCUUGGUCCUCUUCUUUGUGAUUUAUGGCUCUCUGUAGAUUAUACUGUUUGCUUGGUAUCUCAAUACACCGUUCUACUAAUCACAAUAGAUCGUUUUUGCUCGGUGAAGAUUGCUGCCAAGUACCGGAGUUGGCGUACUAAGAAUCGCGUUAUAUGGAUGGUGACAAUCACCUGGAUCAUACCAGCACUCUUAUUCUUCAUAAGUAUUUUUGGAUGGGAACACUUUGUUGGUUACAGAAAUCUCAAACCAAAUGAAUGCGCUGUUCAAUUUUUAAAAGAUCCUAUCUUCAACACUGCCUUGAUAAUCGGUUAUUACUGGACGACACUCGUAGUACUGUUCAUUCUCUAUGGUGGCAUUUAUAAAACAGCUUACGAUAUGCAAAAGAAAAGUGAGGCUAAGCAAAGAAAGAUGCAGUCAAUGGUAGCUUUGAGUGCAGGCGCAAUGUCAGGAAUGGCUGGCCGAGCAGCCGGAAUCGGAAUCUCAAAGACACAAAGCACAAUCCUUAGUCAAGACAAACCCAAAGAUCCUAGUGGUGGCACAUCAAGCACAAGCGUUGAUAAUGCCCCAGGUUCAGGCGAUGACCUCAAGGAUGGCAAUUACACCGGAACUGGACGUAAGCUAUCUGGACAACAGUCUCAAAACAAAGAUUCAAACAAUAAACUAAAAUCGGGAACGACAUCAUCAGAGAUGGAGAGGUCUGAGCGCUCAAGCAGUCCAGCAUUCGAUUCAGAUGAUGACAGUGCAGUUGCUGUGACAAGUCAGCAAUCUGCAGUGCGGAAGCGGUCAUCUAUUGCUGGACUGAUGGUUCAAGCAGGCGCUGUCCACGUAUUUACCAGCAACAACCGACUGAAUGGGAUGGUUCCUAUCAACGUUGAAAUGAAUCCUAUGAUGAAAAAGAUGCCUCCUACGUCUCCGCUGCUAGACUCAGCUUCAAAAGCUCACACACUGCCCAAGAUUCAAGAGUACAGCCUUGCAGACAUAGAAAACACUAUAGAAAAUACAUGCGAAUACGAAAAAAGCAGCACAACGUUGACACCCGAGCAAUCAUUACGAUCGAACGAAAUUGAUUUAAAUCAUAGCAUUGAACGAAUUGAGGAUACACCACCAUCCGAAAUCAGGAAUAAAAGUUCAUCAUCUGGACAACCAAGCAUCAUUCCUCCUCCGACGCAGUUUUUAGGUAGCCCAUCAGUAUCAGAGAGUACGUCAACUUCAUCGUCUAUUGACAAGACAAAAUCAUUAAUGGCUCAUGGAGCAGGGACCUAUGAUAUAAUGACUGGACUGGACGGCGCAGAUUUGAGGUAUAUGGAUGAAAGUUCAAUUAUUGUACCAAGUCCUUCCUAUGAAAGUCCACCAUCUUCUUUUUCCCUCAGCCUAGCGAAUCCUCUGUCAACGGCACCAUCAUCUCCUGUCCUCGGGCACUCUGGAACAUCAGCAGUCAACACUAGUCUCCUGCAGGCAGCGCUGAUCAGGGCUGCUGCUCAGCACCAAUCCGGCACCACCCCAACACAACCUUCGCACAAUCCUCAAGUAACACAUGCCUCAUCACAAACCAACCCUCCGCGAGUCUUCGUCACCCAUCAGAUCAACGCAGCUUCGCAAACAUCACCUACUGUUGUUAGCAAAGUUAACACAGAAGUCACUGUAAAAGUUGAAGACAUUAAACGUCAGCCAAUCACUACAGUUGUAAGCACAUCCAUCGACUCGUCUAACAACGGCACAACGACUGAUCAGAAACUGAACAAUCAGCCGCAGGUGUCUUCCUCCAGCAGCGCUCUUCCAACAGUUGUUGCGGUGACUGUCAUUAAUCAGGAUCCAAAGCGGCAGUCAAAAAAAAAAGACACUGAUAAAGAAAUAGAAACUAGCAGUGGAUCACGACGUGAUUUUGUUAAGUCGAUUGGUCGGCGUUUGAAAGCUAAAACACAGAAAAAAGACCCGACUAUUGGUAGACAAAAAUCCCGAACGGAAAACCGGGCUAGAAAAGCUUUUAGAACUAUUUCAUUUAUUUUAGGUGCUUUUGUUGCUUGUUGGACUCCCUAUCAUGUAAUGGCGCUUGUUGAGGGCUUUUGUUCUCAUCGACCCUGCACUAAUGAACAUCUUUAUAUGUUUUCAUAUUUUUUAUGUUACGCGAACAGUCCCAUGAAUCCUUUCUGCUAUGCACUGGCUAAUCAGCAAUUCAAAAAAACCUUUACGAGAAUUCUUAAAGGCGAUUUUCAUAUGACGUAA